AUGUGUUCUAAUCCAGAUUAUCGCAUUAUACAUUCAAUGCAUCAGUUAACUUGUGGUCUCGCUGAAGUCACCUUCAAGGAGCUUAAUGAAUUGUAUGAAAAAUAUGGCGAAGAGAAGGGAUUACGUAUACUUGCAUUCCCUUGUAACCAAUUCGGAAAUAGCGAGCCAACUACAUCAAAAGAGAUAAUAGAUUUGGCCACAAAGAUUGGUAUAAAGUUCGAUUUGUUCGAAAAAGUUGACGUAAAUGGUGAUCAUGCUAGUCCUUUAUGGAAGUUUUUAAAACACAAACUAAAGAGUGACAAAGGCAAUUUCAUUAAAAUGAACUUCACCAAAUUUAUUAUCAACACAAACGGGGUUCCAGUGGAACGACACGAUGCCAAAGUAAUGCCAAAAGACCUAAUAUCAUCUAUAGAAUCAUUAUGGUGA